AUGCUGUAUGCAACAUGGAUACACUCCGCAGCAGCAGCCGCAGUCAUCUAUGUGGUUGCACGAGACAGGGCAGAGCAUGGCAGGACAUCCGACAAGGUCAACGUAAGGCGGGCAGGACGGGAAUGCUGCCAUGCUGCAUCUGACGUUGCGAACCCGGGAGUACAAGACAAGGCAACCGUCGAGGUUAUUCUUGCCGUGGUGUGUUGCAAAAUCCUGUUGUUCGGGAGGAAGAUUUUCAGGAUACCAAAGACGGGACGAGGAGGUUAUUCCGUCAAACGGGUAUCAUUGGUGAUCCAACGGGCAGGGCAAGACAAGACGGUGGGCACGCAGCUCAUGAGGGGGGGCAAAUGA